UCCAUUCUCCCUCCGCUUCAGAUUAAAGGGGGGGAGGGAAAAGGAGCUCGGCCGCCAUUUUCCCAGUGCCGCCGCCGCCACCGCCACCGCUCGCCGAGCCGGCGGGAGAACCGAGCGCCGUAGCGAAGCCGACUCGUCUCGCCGCGGCAGCGAGGGGGGCGGCCGAAGCGCGCUCCCCGACCGGGAAGAAGCGCCCGGGGUGGCGGCCGGGGUGCGGGUGCGGGCUGCAGACGGCGGCGCUUGUUUGUGCGGGGCGGGGGGGGUCGCCUUUACCCUCUGCCCCCGCCCGCCCGCCGGGGCUGCGGUCCCCGGCCGUGCCCAGGCCCCGCCGGAACGGAGGAAGGCCGGAGAAAGGGCCCGAAAGAGAAGAAAAAGCGGCCGCUCCCCGCCGCCGCCUUCCCCUCCCCCUUCGCCUCGCCCCCCCCGCCCGGAAAGUCAGGGCGGCUCCGGGCGCCGGGGGGGAGGAGAGCGGCGGGCCGGGCCGGAGCCGCCGCCGCGCGCCCCCGCCCGCUGGUCCUGGGCGCCCAGGCCGGGGGUCUGUUUGCAAACUGCGCCCAUUUUGUGGGGCCGAAUCCGCCCGGGCUACGCUCCUCCAUCACGUGACCCAGAUAGAUGAAUCAGGAAUGAAGAAGAAGCAGUUAAUUGAGUGUAUUCUCAGGGGAGGCAGUAAGGGGCCGAGGAGCUGGCCUCAGCACUGGGAGAGGCUGGACUUCCUGUCUCUCUGUGCUGAAUGGCUGCGAUGGCGCCCGCUCUCACUGACGCAGCAGCUGAAGCACACCACAUCCGGUUCAAACUGGCUCCCCCAUCCUCCACCUUGUCCCCUGGCAGUGCCGAAAAUAACGGCAACGCCAAUAUUCUUAUUUCUGCCAACGGAACUAAAAGAAAAGCCAUUGCUGCGGAGGAUCCCAAUCUAGACUUCCGCAAUAAUCCUACCAAGGAAGACUUGGGAAAGCUGCAACCAUUGGUGGCAUCUUAUCUCUGCUCUGAUGUAACAUCUGUUCCCUCAAAGGAGUCUUUGAAGUUACAAGGGGUUUUCAGCAAGCAGACAGUCCUUAAGUCUCAUCCUCUUUUAUCUCAAUCCUAUGAACUCCGAGCUGAGCUGUUGGGGAGACAGCCAGUUUUGGAGUUUUCCUUAGAAAAUCUUAGAACCAUGAAUACAAGUGGUCAGACAGCUCUGCCACAAGCGCCUGUAAAUGGGUUGGCUAAGAAAUUGACUAAAAGUUCAACACAUUCGGAUCAUGACAAUUCCAGUUCCCUCAAUGGGGGAAAACGGUCUCUCACUUCAUCAUCUCUGCAGGGAGGUGAAGUGGGGGGAUCUGACUCUGGGAACUUGAAGGGGGGUAUGACCAAUUGCACUCUUCCACAUAGAAGCCUUGAUAUAGAACACACAACUCCAUAUAGCAAUAAUAGCACUGCAAACAAAUCUUCUGUUAAUUCCAUGGAACAGUUGGCACUUCAAGGAAGCAGUAGGUUAUCACCUAAUACAGACUCCAGCUCUAACUUGACAAAUGUGAAGUUAGAGGUCAAAAAGUCUCCUCUGUCUUCCAUUCUUUUCAGUGCUUUAGACUCUGACACAAGAAUAACAGCUUUACUGAGGCGGCAGGCUGAUAUUGAGAUCCGUGCCCGAAGGUUACAAAAGCGGUUACAGGUUGUACAAGCCAAGCAGGUAGAGAGACAUUUACAGCACCAACUGGGUGGAUUUUUGGAGAAGACAUUGAAUAAACUGCCAAAUUUGGAAUCCUUGAGGUCCCGGAGCCAGUUGAUGUUGACCCGAAAGGCUGAAGCUGCCUUGAGAAAAGCUGCCAGUGAGACUGCCACUUCUGAGGGACUAAGCAACUUUUUGAAAAGUGAUUCAAUUUCAGAAGAAUUGGAGAGAUUUACAGCUAGUGGCAUAUCCAACCUAAGGUGCAGUGAGCAAGCAUUUGAUUCAGAUGUCACGGACAGUAGUUCAGGAGGGGAGUCUGAUGUUGAAGAGGAAGAACUGACUCGAGCUGACCCUGAGCAAUGCCAUGUACCCCUGAAACGCAGGUCUGAAUGGAGAUGGGCUGCAGACCGAGCAGCUAUUGUCAGCCGCUGGAACUGGCUUCAGGCCCAUGUUUCCGACUUGGAAUAUCGAAUUCGUCAGCAAACAGAUAUUUACAAACAGAUACGUGCUAAUAAGGGGUUGAUAGUCCUUGGGGAGGCACCUUUCCCAGACCAUACAACAGACUUAUUUUCACUUAGUUCUGAGGUGAAGACAGAUCACGGGAGUGAUAAAUUGGUUGAGCCUGUUACCCAGCCAUCAGAAAACCAUGGUAUUCCUCUAGGUCAUGUUGCAGACUCAUUGUCUACCAAAUCAUGUGGAGCACUGAGACCUGUCAAUGGAGUUGUUAACAGUCUUCAGCCUGUCUUGUCAGACCAUGUUCCAGGUGACAGCUCUGAUGCUGAGGAGCAAUUACAUAAAAAGCAACGGCUGAAUUUAGUUUCUUCCUCGUCUGAUGGCACCUGUGUGGCAGCCCGAACAAGGCCUGUACUGAGCUGUAAGAAACGGAGGCUUGUUAGGCCCAGCAGCAUUGUUCCUCUUUCUAAGAAGGUUCACCGGAAUAGCACCGUCCGCUCUAUCUGCGAUGUGAAUCCCUCUUGUGCACUGUGUGGUUCAGGCAGUGUAAACACCAUGCCUCCUGAAAUACACUAUGAAGCCCCUCUGCUGGAGCGUCUUUCCCAGUUGGACUCUUGUGUUCACCCUGUGUUGGCAUUUCCAGAUGAUGUUCCCACAAGCCUGCACUUGCAGAGCAUGCUGAAGUCUCAGUGGCAAAACAAGCCUUUUGACAAGAUCAAACCUACCAAAAAGUUUUCACUUAAGCACAGAGCACCCAUGCAGUGUAGUCUGUCAGAUCCAGUUCGUAAAGACAGGCACAAGUUGGUGAACUCCUUCCUUACAACAGCCAAGCUGUCCCAUCACCAAACCCGGCUUGACAGGACCCACAGGCAGCACUUAGACGAUGUGGGGGCUGUGCCCAUGGUGGAGCGAGUGACAGCUCCAAAAGCAGAGCGCUUGCUCAACCCACCGCCACCUGUGCAUGACCCAAACCACAGCAAAAUGAGAUUGCGAGACCAUUCAUCUGAGAGAAGUGAAGUGUUGAAGCAUCACACAGACAUGAGCAGUUCGAGCUACUUAACAGCUACCCACCAUCCACCACACAGCCCCCUGGUGAGACAGCUCUCCACUUCAUCAGACCCCUCCACACCUACCAGCUCUAGCUCACAAGUUGCAGCCAACCCAUCUCAGCCAGUGAGGAGGAGAAGGGGAGAGAGCUCAUUUGAUAUUAAUAACAUUGUCAUCCCAAUGUCUGUUGCUGCAACAACUCGUGUUGAGAAACUACAAUACAAAGAAAUCCUUACUCCAAGCUGGCGAGAAGUUGAUCUUCAGUCUCUGAAGGGGAGUCCUGAUGAAGAGAAUGAGGAGAUCGAGGACCUAUCUGAUGCAGCCUUUGCCGCCCUACAUGCCAAAUGUGAGGAGAUGGAGAGGGCAAGGUGGCUGUGGACCACAAGUGUGCCACCUCAGCGUCGGGGCAGCAGGUCUUACAGGUCAUCAGACGGCCGGACCACCCCUCAGUUGGGCAGUGCCAACCCCUCCACCCCACAGCCUGCCUCCCCUGAUGUCAGUAGUAGCCACUCUCUGUCAGAGUUCUCCCAUGGUCAAUCUCCUAGAAGUCCCAUUAGCCCAGAACUGCACUCAGCCCCCCUCACCCCUGUGGCUCGGGACAGUCUGCGACACUUGGCCAGUGAAGACACCCGUUGCUCUACACCAGAGCUGGGACUAGAUGAACAGUCUGUCCAGCCGUGGGAGCGGCGAACCUUCCCUCUGGCCUAUAGUCCCCAGGCAGAAUGUGAGGAGCCGCUGGAUGCACAGGACACAGCAGCCCGAUACACUCGCCGCACCUCAGGCAGCAAGACUGGCCGGGAGACAGAGGUGGCACCCACCUCCCCUCCUGUUGUUCCCCUGAAGAGUCGGCAUCUGACAGCAGCAGUUGCAGCUCAACGCCCAACUCACAGAUGAGCGGGAGAUGAGACUAUACAGACUCACUACUAUUGGCAUUAAAGCUUCAAAAAUCUCUGCGUUUGAUAUUCAAACAUCAUAUGCUGGAAAUUUUCACAGUUUUUAGUGAAUUUAAGGAAUUUAGAUCCUUCUUUGGUUGGUUUGGUUUUGUUGUUUCUGUUUUCUUGUUUUGUUUUCAUGUCACACCUGAGCACUUCUUCCAGUUGGCAGACAAGUUAAGGAAGAGCCCCUGCUGGCCUGGUCCUGGGUAUCCUCUGCACUGUUGGAUCUUACCAGUGUUAGAUGAUCAUCCCUUUCCCUUGCACCUGUAGGGUAGGGUGGACCAGCCAAAUGGCAGCGGGUGGAAAGCUCCAGGUCAGCAUAGCCUCCUUAGGUUCUGGUCGGGUAGAAGAGAGCAGUCUGGGCUCUUACCCUUCCCUCUAAUCUGUGGCUUGGCUCAGCUCUAGCUGAGCACCCCUCCUUGGUCUUCUAUGCUGGAGCACCCUUCCAGCCAACCUCUUGGCUCUGUUGGCCAGGUCUUCUUCACUGAGCUCUGAGCCAGCAGGAUAGCUAGCUUCACCUUGUCACCUGGACUUUGAAGACUUACUUUCAGUUUCAUCUGCAUUUGGUCAUCCAUCUUGGCUCCUUGACUGCAGCAUCCUGCUGCAGCUGCUCAGGUCACCCUAUCUUUUCCUUCCCCAUCUUUCUCUCCCAUUCAUGCACUCACACAGACACAUUAGUCCUUGCACUCAGAGCAUCUAUGACAUUAGAGUUCGGACUGCUUAACCCAUUCCCACUCCCCAACAUACUAGGGAGCCUGUGGAGUACACAGCAUCACUGUAUCAUGUUUUCACUGACUAUUCACAUGUUAUGUUUCCUUCACGUCCCUGUCAGUCACUUAGCCUCUCCCUCUCCCCUGCUCCCCUUGCCUGUGGAACACUGUCUGGUCCUAGCUGUGGUUUCCAUCGUUCCCCAUCAACCUCCUGUUAGCCUUGUGCCUGUCUUAUGUAUAAUCACAUCACCAAAAAAAAAGGGGAGGGGGAAAGGAAUUUUCUUUUUCUGCCAUUUUAUAAUCGUACAAAAAUAGUAGGCAGACUGCUUAAUGGUUGGGGUUUUUUCACAAUUUUCAACAUUAGUGAUUUUUUCUUUCUGUUUGCAAGUUUAAAGGUUUGUCAUUGUUUCUUUAAACAACAAUAAUGCACCAUAUCCCUAUGCAUAAAGUGCUUCUUCUAUUUAUAAGGUUGAAAAUUCUGAAUAACCCUUUUAGCAUUGUAAAAAAACAAAAACAAAAAAAACCAAAAAAGACAAAAAUUUAAAAAAACUUGUAUUUUGUAAAUAUUUUCUUUUCCUGCUUUGAGCUGUGUAAUGGCAGCGAACAUGUAGCUGUCUUUGUUCUAUAGAAAUGCUUUUCUUCAGAGAAGCUGAUCUUUGUUAAUGUCUUGAUUCUGUUCGCAAAGCACAGACUAGUGCUUAAAAAAAAAAAGGAAGGAAAAAUGAAAAAAAUAAUAAUAAAAAAAGAUACAGAAA